CCGGCCACCCCUCUAUUCGAAAAAAAAAAAGACAAAGCAAAUCCCAUUCCAUUUCGUCGCCAGUGCCGCACCACCCCCACUCCAUUUCCGCGUGGGUGCUGCGGCGUGAGGAAGAGGAAGUCAACCCAACCCCCAUCGACCGCCGCUCCCCUCUCCUCUCCCUCGCCCGCCCCGCCGGCCAAAGGCGCCCCGAGAGUUCAUCCAAAUCCGGCCGGUUUCGGCCCAGAUCCUGCAGCCAUGUUCGGGGACUCCGACGGAUCCAAGGACCCCAAAGCCACGGCGCCGGCGUCCAACCCCCCCGAGCCGCCCUUCCCCAACCGCGAGCUCACGCUCAGCAGCUACCUCUGCGACAAGCCGCCGCUCGCCAACGCCGCCGCGGCAGUGGGCCCCUCUUCGCCGCCCAACCCCGCGGCUGGUCCGGCCGUGGACGCCGCCGCCAACGCCAAGCUCUGCGUCGAGCGCGACUUCCUCAACCUCUCCGCCCCCAAGCGCGGGGAUCCACCGGGCGACGACUCGUCCGUGGUUGGGGGUAAAAAGCCCCGCCUCGACUCCCUCCAGCUCUCGCUCUCCCUCCCCUCCGACGCGCCCGCGCCGCCGUCCUCCCAGCCGCCGUUGCAGCUCGCGUCCCUCCUCCCGUCUGCCGCCCCUCCGGCCGACGGCGAUCUGCGGGCCGCGGCCGCGCCGCCCCCCAAGCGGACCUACAGCGCGACCACGGGGCGCACCCGGAGCAUCAACUCCGACGACAUGUCCUACUCCUACUCGGUGUUCUCGCACAACCCGAGCUGCUCCCUCACGCACAACUCCACCGACAUCUACGCCGCCGGGGAGGGCACCAACGGCUCCGUCCACAGCCGAUUCAACUUUCGCCCCAUGGGGGACGGCAGCGUCGCCUUCGCCACGGCGCCGCUGAAGGAGGGCACGUCGUCCUUCUUCCCUACGGAGCUCCCCGCGAGGAUGGUACCGGAGGCAGCAGUGCCCAGCGCCGGUGGCAGCUUCGACGGCAGCCGCGGCGGGCCGCACUCGUCGCGGCCAGAUAGGAUCCUGCGUGAGAUCGUGUCGGACUCCGUGGCUGCCAUGGCGCAGGUGCUGCAGGAUUUCCCGAGCGAAACGCUGGAGGUGCUGCGGGAGGCGGUGCGGAGCAUGAUCGAUGCUCCGGAGAAGAGGGAUGAGCUGGCCAGCCUGCAGCGGAAGCUGGAGCGUCGAUCGGACCUGACCGCCGAGUCACUGGGGCGGGCGAACAAGACGCAGCUGGAGAUCCUGGUGGCUAUCAAGACUGGUAUGGCCGUGUUUGUCACUGGUAAGGGCCGAGUAUCAAGCAGCGAGCUUGUGGAGAUGUUCCUAAUGACACGGUGCCGCAACCUGAACUGCAAGAGCGUGCUCCCUGUGGACGACUGUGAGUGCAAGAUAUGCUCCACCAAGAAAGGGUUCUGCAGCUCGUGUAUGUGCCCGGUGUGCCAGAAGUUUGAUUGUGCUGCAAAUACCUGCAGCUGGGUUGGGUGUGAUGUCUGCUCCCACUGGUGCCAUGCUGCAUGCGCGCUGGAGAGGAACUUGAUCAGGCCAGGGCCAACACUGAAAGGGGCGAUGGGCAUAACUGAGAUGCAGUUCCAGUGCCUCGGUUGCAAUCAUGCUUCUGAGAUGUUUGGAUUUGUUAAGGAGGUGUUCAAUUGCUGCGCGGAGAACUGGACUGCCGAGACUCUGAUGAAAGAGCUGGACUUUGUUAGGAAGAUCUUUGCUGCUAGUGAAGAUUUUGAGGGGAAGGGGCUUCAUGCCAAGGCUGCAGAGGUCCUUGGCAUGCUUGCAAAGAAAAGCAUUUCCCCAUCGGAUGCGACAAAGAGCAUGCUACAAUUCUUCAAAUAUGGAGUUACGGACUACUCUGUUACCGGUAGCAAGUCAAAAGGUAUAUUGGCAGCUCAGACAAGUCAAUCUACCGACAUGCUUCAUCUUCAAUCUCCAACCAUCACUCCACCAAAAUCCUCCUUCAACUUCAAGCCCAGCACUUCCAUUCUUGAUGCACAGCUCGAUGCCCUUAAGGCCAGCCCAAAACCACUCUCUAUUGAACCCCAUUUCAUCUCUGCCUCAAAGGAUGAUGACUCUUCUAGCCUCGAGACUAUUGUGAAGUGCAAGGAAGCUGAGGCAAAACUCUUCCAGAAACUGGCUGAUGAUGCCAGGAAGGAAGUAGACAACUAUCGCCAAAUCGUCCACACGAAGACUCAGAAGCUGGAGGAGGAGUAUGCCACGAAGCUGGCAAAACUAUGCUUCCAAGAAACUGAGGAGAAGAGGAGGAAGAAGAUGGAGGAGCUCAAGAUGCUCGAGAAUUCACACUAUGACUACCACAAGAUGAAGCUGCGGAUGCAGACCGAAAUCCAGGGCUUGCUUGAGCGAAUGGAAGCCACUAAGAAGAUGUGGGUAUAAGGCUCCAGUUAACAAUUGUCUGCUGCUUGUGCUGCUGAAUACCUGAGAUGUGUUGUUGCUCAUUAGGAAAGUUUGUGAAUUGUUGUAUUCCUUCUUCAUGUUGUGUCAUGAGCUACCUGUUGUUGUAACUUGUAAGUGGAUGCCUAACCUUGCGCCGGCUGAUAUAACUAGCCAACAUUCAAUUGAUGGUUUGCCAGUUUAUGUUGUAUCUGCAGAUAAUUUUUAUGUGCAAAAUAGAGUUGUUGGGUUACGACUUUGA